AACACAAAGGCUAGUCUUUUAUACUGAGACGACGUUAAAGUUCGUUCCUUUUUCUUUCUACAAAUUUGUAUCUAAAUUUUGAUGAAUUGAGUUUUUUAUCUCCAUAAAAGCUACGAAAUUGUUAAAGCUAUGAAGCGAUUCUUCAAGCCCAUAGAGAAGGAGGGCUCAACAGCGGCUAAGAAACCAUGCCUCUCGCCGGAAAAGCAUGACGGAGAAGGAGAUGGAGUUGGAGAAGAGAAGAACCAAAAAGAGCCGUCCAAGUUUGUGACGUGGAACGCUAAUAGCUUUCUUCUUCGGGUGAAAAACAACUGGUCUGAGUUCUCUAAAUUCGUCUCCGAUUUCGACCCCGAUGUCAUCGCCAUACAAGAAGUAAGAAUGCCUGCUGCUGGUGGGAAGGGAAAACCUAAAAUUCCUGAAGAGUUGAGCGAUGACACAAAAGUUUUGCGUGAGGAAAAACAGAUUCUGUCACGGGCUCUCUCAAGUCCACCAUUUGGAAAUUAUCAAGUUUGGUGGUCUCUUGCGGACUCGAAGUAUGCAGGGACAGCUUUGUUAGUGAAAAAAUGUUGCAAGCCCAAAAAAGUUUACUUUAACCUGGACAAAUUAGCAUCUAAACAUGAACCUGAUGGCCGUGUUAUCUUAGCUGAAUUUGAGACAUUUCGUCUUUUGAAUACGUAUUCACCUAACAAUGGUUGGAAAGAGGAGGAGAAUUCGUUUCAGAGGAGAAGAAAAUGGGACAAGAGGAUUGUUGAGUUCCUAAACAGAACAUCUGAUAAACCUCUAAUCUGGUGUGGCGACUUAAAUGUCAGUCAUGAGGAGAUAGAUGUUAGCCACCCUGAAUUUUUCGCAACAGCAAAGCUUAAUGGUUAUGUUCCUCCAAACAAAGAGGACUGCGGACAGCCUGGAUUUACACCAUCUGAGAGAGGACGCUUUGGUGCAACUAUGAAAGAAGGAAGGCUUGUUGAUGCAUACCGGUAUCUACACAAGGAGCAAGACAUGGAAAGUGGCUUCUCAUGGUCGGGAAAUCCCAUUGGAAAGUAUCGGGGAAAGAGGAUGAGGAUCGACUAUUUUCUUGUCUCUGAACAGCUCAAAGACCGUAUAGUUGCUUGUAAGAUGCACGGUCGUGGGAUAGAGCUUGAAGGUUUCUAUGGGAGUGAUCACUGUCCGGUUACACUCGAGUUUUCAAAGCCAUCUUCAGAAACGGAACAGAACCAGGUUUCUAACUAAAAGACAAAUCUUCCUCUGUAUUAGAACAUAAAGAGCUUAUGUUGUCAGAGUUAAGCUUAGAAGAUCUCUUAACUUCCUUUGCCGAGAGAGGCAUUAUAGAUUAGGUUGAUGUUAUUGAGAGUGAGACACCUAUUUGGCCUAGCUACCCUGAAUCCUGAUCAUGAGCUAUUAGAAGUACUUAUACUUAUUGUUGUGCUUAUCUUAAUACGCUUCAUUUUCCAAAGAAAUGUAGAGAUAAUUUUUAAUUGUGAAUCUUCAUUUAAUUAUUUUUAUCUUAA